GUUCCCGGUACACUACAGUGGACACCGCAGACUCACUGAGACUGUCGAGGUCCCUUUAUUGACCGUUUACCUUUUGAUCCCACCUCAGAUUUCUCCUCUUCUUCUUCUUCUUCUUUUGGUUCUAGACACUCUGUCGCCUGUAUUUGCGUACCGUGCAGUAACAUAACUGUCACAACUGUGUUUUUGUUUUUCGUUUUUUUUUUUUUUUAAAGCUGGGAGUACAAGAACAUCCAGGGAGUUGACUGUCUUCCAGACAGAAGAACCGCUCUGACGCUCGAGGACAACAUGGCUUUUACUCGAGAGACUUUUGCCUUUUUAACAUGCGCCGCCAUGAUAAUGUUUCUCCACUGUAAUGCAGAUCAGCUUCCUCCUCCUUCAAAUCCCAAGCAUAUUUGGCUCGACGACUUCACCGUGAACGUGUCCUGGUCCUGGAUGAAGCCCAGAAACCUGUCAGUCAAUUGUAAAAUCAAAUAUGAAUUGUGCCUGGAGCAUGAAGUGGAUCAAGGAGACAGGGAAAAAUGUCUGAGGCGCACAGAAUGGAAAAAUUUCACAGACAGCUGUCUCCUAGAAGGAAAGGAUUCUGCUCCUUGCAAUUACACCAUUCGUACAGUCUGUGAACCCUGUGACAGUUGGAAUGACAGCACAGCUGUGAACGUCGUCGUUAGUCCAGUGUCACGAGCUAAAGUGGUGAACAACUUCACAUGUGUCCUUGACCGCAAAGGAAUGAACUGCUCCUGGAUCCCAGUGAAUUCAUCUCUUGACAUGAAGCUCUUCUAUAGGUAUUGUGGAUCUUCCGAGGAACGUAGAAACGGUUUAAAAGAGUGUGUACAUCCUUACAAGAAUGGUUGUUACUUGUACGCAAAUGGAACUGAGCUCUGCUUUCUUGCAGUCACCGAACUUGGACAAAGCACCUUUAAACCUUCAAUAGUGAUACCCUCACCAAAGAUGAGCAUCAGAGAAGACAAACACAACCUCCACUUCAACUGGACAACUCCAGAGGUUGGAGUCAAUUGCGAGUGGAAAUAUAACCUCUGCUUCACACAGUGCAAGGAGCGUGAACAAUGCCUCAUCGUGUUUAAGCCAAAGCAUCGAAUAUCCUACAAUGAAAACUGCCGUUACGAGUUCAGAUCCAGAGUCCUCGUUGACACAAACUGCCAGACAAUGAUCAGCGACUGGAGUAAAGCUGUGACUUACGGUACCAACAAGCUUCCCAACAGGACGCUGACUGUGGCUGCCAUUCUCAUCCCCAUCGCUCUGUUUGUCUGCGUCAUCCUGUCCUGCUACUGCUUCAGGAAGCACAGUGACAUUAUUUGCCCCAUCAUACCCGAUCCUUCAGCAAUCUUCAAGGAGAUGAUGAUGAAUGGAAACAAAGAACUGAAGCCCAUGACGGGGAGUCUGUACACACCGGUGCCAGAGCCCAUUGAACCCUGCAAAAUCCUUGUCACUGAAGACAAUGUCUCCCACCAAAACUCCUGGACAGCUGGACUUCCACUCUGAGGGAAUUCAUCAGGAGCAUUUACAGAGUAACUUAACACCUGGCCAAAAAGCUUUGUUUCACUGACUGCCAAACACCCCUUACCCCCAGGAGGGCGCUCUGUUGCACGUCUACUGCACUGACCUGGCUACAGUUCUGUUACCACUGCAGCCAGGUGAGAACUUGAACUGCUAGAGGGCAGCAAAAGCAAGAUUUUCAGCCGCUCUUAAGUUACUCUGUGAGGGUAGCGCCGAUGUAAGCUGCGGAGGCGUGACGUGGAAAGGACAAGAAAGGCUGCCACGCCUUCACUCUGCUGACAUCCUCCUGUUUGAGCACGGAGGAGGAAGAAGACGAGGAUGGAGGGGCAGGCUCAGCAGCGCUUGCGGGGGGACUGGAAGCUACAUUUACUGGGCACUGUCCCACCAGUGAGAGGAACUGGUGUUUACCUGGAUAUCUGCUGUAGAGAUUUACGAGCUCACAAGGGAAUGACUGGCAAAUGCCAGUAGCUUGACAAUAGACAGGAAGCAAUAACCUAAGUGGUGGGAAAGUAGUCAUUUCUUUCCACUGAGAGUGAUCCAAAGACUCCGCUAUGCUGCAUCAGCCCCCCUCCCCCCAAAUGAGGAAGGAAGCUUGUUGUGUCUUGGCACUUAAACAGACACUGCAGUAUAAGGAACUGAGGGGGUGGUGCAUGGAAGAGUGCUGGGCCAGUGGCCUUUUUCAUACCCGCCCACCCCCAAACUUCAUCUCUCAUGUGAAAUAUAAUGAAGCGGUAUGGCUGCGUUGAAAUUCAAAAUAUCUCCACUUUCACUUUGUUUCCUCUGUUAAUCCCUUCAUCAGUGCAUCUCAUCAGGAAUUCCACUUUGUUGUCAGCCAGGAAAUGCAUUGACCUGCAUGACCGUUACCGACAGAUGCUGAUAUUUUUAUCAUCAGCCUCUAGAUGCCAAAUGUCUUGCAUAUUUUUAGUCGGUAAUAAUAGUUUUCUCACACGAGUUAAUGUGAUAUGUCUGUAGUGUCGAAAUGCUUUUCCAAACUUUGUACAGCAGAAUCACAAUGAUAGAGGAUUAUGUGUAAAGGCAUCUGAUAAUACAUUAAACAGAUUACAAUCUGGCUGUCAGGUCUGUUGAUUUUCUGCUUUCUCAUUCACUACAUACCCAAAUCCAAAAUGCCAUAUCAUCAUUGGUAAGACACUCUUACUUCCUUAAAGUUGGGGGAAGCUUUUUUUUGCCUUUUAUUCUGUUGUUUGAAUUACUAGCACUAUUUAUUGGGUGGUUCUUGACUGUUUUUGCUGCUUUAAUAAAGACAGAGAUUGAAAAUGUGUGUUGUGUCGGUGUGAUUGCAUGCCGCUGCUUACGGAUGGACAUGUCGCAGCUUGUUUGUGAAUUUAACUGCCAGUGGAAAGGCUGCUACUGGAAGCAGUGGAAUAUGUUGUUUUCAACAUUUCUCCUCCAGUAGAAGAUGGGAAGAUAUCCACCAUAAAUCCUCACAAAUGAACAACAAAAAGCACCUGUUAUUAAUAAUGAAUAAUCUACUAAAACAUUAUGAAACUUUUGGGUUGGUUUUUUCCACUUUAUCUGGGAGUUUCCUGUCCAGAUGCUGAGCAAAUAGGUUUAUCAACAACUUGUCAAGAUACAUGGUUAUUGAUGGAUUAUUGAAAAACACACAAAUAUUAUCACAUUCAUAUUCAAAGCUGCCUUAUUAGAGCGCGACACCAAAAAGUCAUUUAUUAUUGGAAGUGGGUUCCACUUGGAGUGUCACUGUUUUGACAUGUCUAUAGACCAGCUGAUCAACUAUUAGUUAUAAACUUAAUAUAAUGUUAAAAAGCCUAGCUUAAAAUAAACCCCAUACUAAUGUAAAGCUUUGUAGUUAAGGAGACUUUAGUUUAGUGAUAAUACUCCGACUCCUUUUAAAUAUCAUUACAGUCCGAACAGGGAUUCAUACACUGUACCUCAUCCGUCUCACUUACUGGAAGUGCGUGCGUGUAUUACACGCGCGUGUCCUUAUCAAAAAAAGAAAGAAGAAAAAAAGGAAACACUCCGCCCAGCUCCAACCUCCUACAGUUUUUAAGCUUUCCUGCGAAGUUAGUGGACGCUGAAGUGGAUGAGCAAUACCUCACUGUCUUCUUCUUUAACUAACGACUACAGCGAAGCGGGACGCCAGUCGGAGCUGACACCUCCUCAGGAGCGGGAGCAGACCUAAAGAAAAAAAAACAUUUUAUCCUCUCACCGACGGUUGUGGGAAAAGGGAACUUGAGGAGGAGGACUCUAAAAAAAAAAAAAGAGGGGGGCCGACCAGGAUGUUUCAAAGUUUAGACUUCGUUGUUUUAGGUUGCUUCUUGCUGACGGUUGAAACCAUACCAGGCCAAAUCUCACCACCGCAAAAUUUGUCCCUCUGGUGGCUGGAUGACUUUCAGCCACAGUUGACCUGGCACCCAGUGUCAAACUGCACAUAUACAGUGACUUCAAAAACCAGCGAAGAAUACAGCCUUAAGGAGGAAUCACACAUCUUGCCUCCCUGGAAAGGUGAAAUGGUGAUAGAAGGAGGAUUUGUGAAUCUGUCUGUUAAAACUGUCUGUGGCGAGCAAGAAAGUUUGCCAGAAGCCCUCAGUGUUGAUUACUCAGUCGUGGUGAAAAAUUUGCAGUGCUACCUCUAUACUUCCAAAGAAGCCAACUGCACCUGGGAGCCAGACAAUUCUGUUUCAUCGUUCAAAUUUUUCUAUCGAUUAACGAUUGAGGAUCUGAGCCGAUCUUCUAGAAACAGCUCCUUUUUACCCCGCUUGCAAGAGUGCUCAAACUACCUUCACACAUCAUCACUAGAUCCUGACAUCAUUACUGGCUGUAGUCUGCAGGCGAACAUCAGCAAUGGCAUCAUCAUCCUGUUUAACGGAACAGCGAACAGCACAUUUUUCAGGAACGCCUUCAAGAAAUAUCUUAAGGAAGAUGUGAGACCACCUGCACUUAACUGGACAGUCAUUAAGACUGGGGGUAAAUUCCAUAUCAGCUGGACUCGUCCUGACAUCGAUCUGCCGUGGACAUACAAACUUAAUUACACUGAGUGUAAUAAACACCUGGAGAGAGACGAGCUUAAUCAUGCGUCAAUGCAGGUUGGACGUGAUCCCUCACUGUACAUACUGCAUGACUAUUACAGCAAAAUCUAAUAAAGGAAGUACGCCAUUGAGUGACAAGAAGUGUUUUGAUGCAGAAACAGAUCAUGCUGCGUUGGUGUAUGCUGCUGUUAUCAUCCCACUGAUGUUUGCUGGCCUGGCAGCCCUGACUUUUGUGUGUUGCAAGAGGAAUAAGGAGCACAUAUUCCCCAAAGUACCACAACCUCGGGACCUCCUCAGCGAUAUUUCUGACAACAAUAAUAAGAGCAACGUCUACAAUCUGUACAUCCCGGCAGAGGAGGAAGAGAACUGUAAAAUCACUCUGCUGAUGGAUCCCCAAAUCAACAAACCAGGCUGUUGACACAUCUCUACAGUGGUGACAACUUGUAUCUGGAACGAAAAAAAAAAACAAAAAAAAAACAAAACCCAAAUUGUUGUUGAACUAACUCAACAACAACAAAAGAAGAAGGGGGACUUUACUGUUUAAUGAAUCCAAGAGAUUCAUAGGAUGAUGCUUUUGUGACGGGGCCCUUCUGCUUGUUAAAACUCUGGGCCCUUCUCUAAGGCAUGUUGAGUAGCCAGGUGUGUUAACGGCAACUCAAACCUCCAUUGAACAAAAAACAGUGGCAGCUACCACAUUCCCGUGCAAUGUUGUUCACAAAUUGAUGCAGCUGAAAUCCAACUUCACAGCACACACUCACUGUUAUUUAGACAGUGUGAUGUAGGAGUAGGUUACACUGAAUGACUGAAGGUCCUUAUCAGGACACCACCAAAUAUGCCACAGCAUUAAGUUGACUUGUAAUCAUUAUUCUAGAAAUUUCUUCCAUUUCUUAUCACUUCUCAUGUUUGCACACACCAGCAACUCCUUUUUUGGAAAUGUAAUCACCCUCAUGCCUACUACUUUACAUGACCAUACUUUGUUUUAUCUGAAGAACCCCUCCUCCCAUUGCGCUGCUCUGCUUUGGGCACUAUUUUUGGAAGACUCCCUGGACACAUUCAUGCGCAUGUUGUCGUAACCACAGCAGCAAAGUAUCAGUGGAGACAGACGACCGUGUGUCCAUUUUCAGACAGAAAUUUACUGAUUUGGAAAUGAGUUGAUAGCUUUGCUAUCUACUCAAGCACUAAAUACAUAAAUACUUGACAUUUGCUGGUCCCAGCUCGUGCAAGAAUGUGACAAUUUCCUGCUUUUCUUUGUUUUAUAUGAUCAUUUUUAAAUGAAAUAUCGAUUUAAAAUAUAACUGAUAAUGAAAAAAAUAAAUCAUUAGUCUUUGUUCCUGGAAAUUCAGUCUGUCACUUGAGUCCCAUUAUGUCACUAUCACUGCUGAAAUGUUUUUGUUUAUGAUUUUUUUUUUUUGACUUAUAGUUUGUUUUUAAAUAUAAAUAUAUUUAGAAUGAUUCAGUUAUUACAGGGAUCACACAUUAGCAUCUUUCUCUAGCUCAUUUACUGCUCUGUUUUUCUGUUGAUCAAUGCAAAUUAUCCCAGUCAGUUAAACCUGACUCAGCUGUAUACAAACACAUUUGUUUAAUUAUGUCUUAAGACCAACUUACUUAUCUGCUCUGAUCUACCUGCGAUGGUUACCUCCUUGACCAGCAACAAACCACCUCUGUUCAGAUAACAUUGGCAAUGCUAAGAACUACAUUGUUGGCGAGCAUGCAGAAGUUCGGAGGUUAUAACUGCCAUAAUUACAGCUUAAUAAAAGAUUUUGAUAUACAGUAGCAUUGGUAGUUCAUUAUCUGCUGGAAUAGCAAAGCUCUAAAAAGAUGUGGUUUAACUUCUCCAGUGAUUUCCUGUUUUCAGUAUGCAGAGCUCAAACUCAUCUGAGGCGUAUUUCAGUGGUAUUUUUGCUGCUUUGUUGAGAGCACACUGAAUGUACAGUGUUUGAAGGAGUCUGAAAAUCUAGAACUUUGUUCUUUAUGGAAUGAGGACAGCGAAGGAGCUGAAGUUUCUUUCUACUGUAGCUAUUACCUUCCUUUCUUUUGUACCACAAAUGUGAAAUGAAUGAAACAAAGUACCGACAUUGGUGCUUGACAGUUUGAAACAGUGUCCAGUUUGAAUGUUGUGGUGGAGCGCUCAGGCUUUAUAAUGCUGGGUGCCAAUUAAGAAUGGUUCUCAUUCAUUUUUAUUCUAUGUUCUUGGGUAGCUGUUCAGCGAAUAAUUGAAGCAGCAAUUUCUGCACAGAAGAAAUGAAAAUGUUCCACUUUUUAAUGUCACAUACCUGCUUUUAAAUAUAUCAAGCGUUCAGUUUUGCCUUCUGGCCAAGAGUUAGAUUUAAGAUUGAUCACUCCAACGUCUAUAUAUGUUGACUUAGUAGGGCAACCAAACUUUUUCACAUGCCACAAUUGCUGUUUAUUUUUUUUAAUUUUUUUUUAAGAAAUAAAAACUAACAAUGAAUUCA